ACCCAGUUCAGGUCGUAGUCACUGGACUAGAAGGAAAUCCCUGGAAGCCAGAAGAACCAAAGAAAAAUCAGUCUGUUUACUACGACUACCUGGAAUUCAAACCAUACGUGCUACCAGAAGACUUUCAGAGAUUUCAUGGUUAGUGGUGGUCUUGACUGCCCAAAAAGAAAGAGCAUGGACCCCAAGCAGACCAGUCCACCGGAUCCGGUACCUUACAUCAAGGUUUAUAUGGAAUCCAUCACCAACAGAAGCGAGGGUCACCUGGGAAUUGUUUUCAGCUCUUGGCUGUAUUACGACGGAUUUCGUCAGCUCAUGAGGAUGGAUAUUGACGGCAACGAGGAGGACCACAUCGCUCCUGUGAGGAACAUUCAAGAUAUGUUUGCUGGUAUACAGUACUCCAUCAAUGAGUGGACGGGAAGCUGCGCGACGACUAGGUGGUCACAGGAAUCUUUGGCCAAUCUGGUUGGUCCUGAGAUUGCUGGAGUCAUGCGAGCUGAUCCUACAAAGCUGUUUACGUUAGACAGCAAGUAUAUCUUCACUGGAUACGAUGAAGAGCGUGGUAUAUUGACCAGCCGAUGGAGUGCUACGCGCAAUGACAUCCCCAAUUCACAAGGAAAGAACCACAAAAAAGUUGUCGUGGAUUACCAUUUUAUUUCGAAAUAUGUGGAUGACAUAGGAGAGUACACGACUACCCCUCUUCCUGUAAAGAUUGAAAUCACCAUAUACAACGAUAAAAACCCGAAUGAGAUCGAGCAGGUGCAGAGAGUGAACCUCCUUCAGUUCCAGUCUUCCUUCGAAACAUACGAACUGAAUCCCUUCGAUGUUGGCGAGUGUUUUAGCCUGCCCACCUCGAGAAAUUGGUAUAAGAUCUUCUUUGAAGGUACCUGGGAAAAAGGGGCCUCUCAAAACCAAGAUGAGUUCAAGCGACAGAUCCUACAGAAGAUGAACGAAGAUGGGAAAGUCUCGUAUGUUAGGCUGCCUAAAAUAGAGCUAAGUCACGACGAACUCUUUGUGUAUGCCCACGUCCUUGUGCUUGAGCCAGCUGACUACCUUCUUCAGUUCCAGACACCCGAAGCAGCAAUUCCAUGGAAAUCAGACACCCAGAUCGAGUACAGCGUCAGUGAUGCCGAAAGCUGCGCGGCAAUGUGUCUCUUCCACUUCAAUAUUGGAUUUAAUUGUUUGUCCUUCUAUCAGUGCACCGGCCAAAAAUUUAACUGCUUUGUGAGUUCAUACAAAGAAGUGAAAACACCUCCCCGAAAUGUCACAGAUUGUCAGCACUAUGUGGUGACAACCGAUGGUGACUACUUCCAGUUUCCUAAUUACGAAGUCUCCGAUUACUUGAGGAACGCUAUGCUGGCGGGGACGUUCGUCUUUAAAUUCGAGUACAAGGAUGAACUUGGCCUGAAAGAAGAAGGAACCUUCAAGGGAGUCAAAGUCAUGGAUGAAAUCAGCGCAGAUGAUCCAGUCUUUGUCGAUUUCCUGGUCGACCAGUAUCGUCUUAUCGCUACCCAUAUGAUGCUGGAUGGCAGCUACUCACAGAUGUCGAUAGUUGGAAGUUAUGACGAAUGUCUCCUGGGAUGCGACACUGCCAGAAGUUUCGACUGCCAGACCUUCUCUUACUGCUACAACUCUCAAAACUGUUUUCUGUCGAGUGAGGUUGUGGACGUCCCCAUUGACCUUCACAAGGUCGUAGUUCAGGGAGACUGCGUCGUUGUGGCUCGUGAACACACUUCUGACUACACGCGUCUGGAAGGCGCUUUCUACCAGAGUGAUCCAAAACAAAAAAUUCCGAAGGUCAGAAGUGGAGAACAGUGUGCCUUCCUGUGUGAUAAUUCCACUGAUUUCACGUGCAGGUCGUUUGACAUUUGCUAUGAUAUUGUCACCUGCUACCUCUAUGAAGAGAGGUCCAUUGAUAUCCCGGAUGAGAAGAUCAACCAUUCUCUCGCACUCUGCGACCACUUCGAACGAGAUGCUCUGGUAGAUUUCAAGAAGCAUCCCAAGCAAGUUUUGGAUGGCAGUCGUGAGAGAUACGUGGACGGGGUUUCAACGAAGGAAUGCGCUGACGUGUGUGAAAAAGAACCCGAUUACGGCUGCAACGGCUUCGACUACUGUUAUGGCAAUCCAAAUACUUGCUUCCUCACCAGAGACCACUACAACGACGAUGGUGUCGUUAUCCAUAAUAAAAUAGAGUGUGACCAUUAUUCGCGAGAGUACUAUGAUGGGAAAGACAGAAAUGAUUUCUCUCAUGACAAGUUAGCCAAGUACAAAUACAGCCCUGGUGACAUGGCAGGACUGGGAGUUUCCAUGCUGGUCAUAUCAAUAGCCUUGACACUCGGUGGCGUCUACGUAUACAACACCCGACAAGGGUGAAACUUCAGUCGCUUCUGCAUUUACUAUUCGACCAAUUUCAAAAUCUGUAUAAUAGAGAAUACAUUAUAAUAUAUAUAUAUAUAUAU